AUUCAGUUACCUGCAAUUGGUGAGGAUGUAUGUGUUCCUCCUUCGGAGAGGAUACUUAGUAACGAUAUCUCAGUCGAAAGAAGUAUGGUGGUAGAUGCGGUGACUGGUGAGAGAACAGUUACGGUUGUCGAGAAAAGCGUAACUAAGAGAGAGAUUGAUGUUGCGCUUGCUGGAGGAGAAAUCGACUAUGCCGAUAAGUGA